AUGAUGAUGAUCAUCAUGGUAAAUGCAACACAGGUUUCAUAUUUCACCCUUGCUGCCUACUUUGACACCGGUUAUUUUAAAUAUUUAUAUUUUACAUUGAUUAUGUCUUUGUAUGUUUUUAUAGUCUGUGCCACUGUUUUGCUGAUUGCGGUGAUCUGCAUGAACAGAAGCCUACACGAACCUAUGUACCUGUUUCUGUGCAGCCUGUUUGUAAAUGAACUGUACGGUAGCACAGGGUUGUUUCCAUUCCUUCUGCUUCAGAUCCUCUCCGACAUUCACACUGUUUCUACUUUCUUUUGUUUCUUGCAGAUUUUCUCCGUGUAUACAUAUGUGUGCGUAGAAUUUUUAAAUUUAGCCGUCAUGUCUUAUGACAGAUACCUCGCUAUAUGUUAUCCUCUACAGUAUAACACACGUAUGACACAUAACAAGGUUGCCAUGCUUAUUACCGUAACAUGGUUAUAUCCUUUUCUUGUAGUUGUUAUUGCAAUCUCCUUAAGUUCCUCUUUACAGCUGUGCGGGAACAUCAUUAACGACGUUUUCUGUGGAAACUACUCCAUUUUCAAACUGGCCUGUUCUGACACCAGCGUGAAUAACAUUUAUGGGCUCUCUGUCGCUUUUCCCACACUGUUUGUUCCUCUCAUUUUAAUCCUGUACACUUACAUGAGGAUUCUCAAGGUUUGUUUUUCUGGUUCCAAGCGGACCAGACAAAAAGCCGUCAGUACCUGCACACCUCACCUUGCUUCGCUGCUCAACUUCUCUUUUGGUUGUUGUUGUCAAAUGUUAUUGAACAGGUUUGAGGGGAACGCUGCACCAAAUGUGUUAAACAUUUUUUUGUCAUUGUACUUUCUGACAUGCCCGCCUCUCUUUAACCCUGUAAUGUAUGGACUGAAAAUGUCCACAAUCCGUAACAUAUGUAAAAACCUGUUCUGUUGGAAAGUGUAG